AUGAUGUCCUGACAGGAGAAGCGCGAGGGCCCCCUUCCAUGUCUUAUCCAGCGACUGGAUCAUCUGGUGCUGACUGUGAAGAGCACUGAGGACACUGUAGGCUUUCAUUCCAAAGUCCUGCAUAAGGAAGUGGUCACUUUCAAGGGCAACCGGAAAGCACUACGUUUUGGGAACCAAAAGUUUAACCUCCACGAGGCUGGGAAGGAGUUUGAACCCAAGGCUCACAGACCAGUUCCUGGUUCCAUAGACGUCUGCCUGAUCACAGACACCUCGCUAGACCAGCUAGUGGGACACCUGAAGGGUGGGCAAACUGCCUGUGGUGUGACUAUUGAAGAAGGCCUGCCCAGAACCGGUGCCAUAGGGACAAUCACAUCCAUCUACUUCCGAGACCCCGAUGAAAACCUGAUUGAGGUUUCCAGCUACCGCACUGACUUGGCUGUCAACAGAGUGAAGCAUUAGUCACUUCUUUUUCCAUCACCCCCCAACCCCCUCAACACUAGAGGCAAGCAGAGGAGGCCGUGAUUUUGCUUUGUUCAUUUGCAAUGCAUUGUAGGAUGGGGUUUGGGGUUUGCAAACUGAGAACACAUCAGCUUGUGCCCAUGUCCAUUCUGCCAGACUCUUGAUAUAGUGGGACAUACCAGGCCUCAUCCUCAAAGGAAACCUGCACAACACAUGGGAGCUUAAAUUCAUAACUCUGCUAGACACUAAAAAAUCAGGGACUGAACAGAGACACUGGAUUUAUGGCUUAUUACAACAAUCUGC